GAGCGGGCGGGCGGUGCUUCCCCGCCUUCCUUCCACCGCCCCCCAGCCGCCACCGCCCGCCUUCUUCCGCCGCCGUCCUGCUUCCCUUCCGCCGCCCUGUCCUCGCCGAGCCGCCAGGAUGAUCCCCCCGGUGCAGGUCUCGCCCCUCAUCAAGUUCACCCGGUACUCGGCCCUGCUGAUGGGGAUGAUCUACGGCAAGAAGCGAUACGACUACCUAAAGCCUAUCGCUGAGGAGGAGAGGAGAAUAGAGGCCGAGGAGAAGAAGAAGCGUGAAGAGCUUGAGCGGAUCGCAAAAGAGCUUGCAGAAGCGAGUGAAGAUUCCAUUUUGAAAUGAACAUAAGAUCGGAUCUUAAUUUCGCGCCUAAAUACAUGGCUAGGCUCUGAACUGUGUAGUGGUUGAUGGACUCUGUAUGUUAUUCUAUCAAUAAAAUACUUACAACA